AUGACUGAAAACACGUUUCCUGUCCACAACGCGGAGACUUUAGUGAACUUUUAUCGAAGUGAUGUCCUCACCGGACAAGAAGCUAAACAUUUCACCAAAAGCGACCUGACCCCGGUUCCGAAGCCAGAAGCAGUUCAGACUUUGUACAUGAGAGUGUUGCAUCUUGUGACCGGCUUCAGACCAGAGUGUCACUCCAUGGUUCCACUGUUGGAGAACAUCCAGUAUCCAGCCUAUCAUGAAGGAGCCUCUUAUAUCCUGAGUGUCUACAUGCGCAUGUGCCAGUUCCUGCCCAUGUGCCUGGUGUAUGACUUUUCACUCAGUGAUCUUCUGGCUCCAAAAAAACAGAGGACUCUGACCAUUCUGAGUGCCAUCAUGAACUUCCUUCACUUCAGGAAGCAGAGGAUGGACGUGCUCUUGGAGAAGCAGACCAAACUGAGGUCAGACAUGGACAGACUGCAGGCGUGCACCAGGAGCAUCCAGGAAGCAGAGAGGAAGAUUGAGAUGCUGACAACCAUCCCACCAGAGCAGCAGGCGGAGGCAGACGAGCUCGCAGCUGCUCUGUCUGAGCUGCAGACCGCCACCAUGCCCGAGUACCAGGAAGUGAACGCCACCAACGAGGCCAUCGCAGAGUGGAAAGCCAGAAUCGCAGAGAAGACCCAGAAGUUGGCCCAGGUGAAGGUGGAUGUGGGUCAACUGAAGGAGGACAUCAGUAAACUGAAGUCUCAGAUUGUUGAGUCUCCAGAGGAGCUGAAGAACCAGAUGGAGAAGAUGAGAGAGAGUGUUAAAAGCAUCAGGAGCUCCAUAAAAGACACAGACGAGCUUCUGGUGGAGCUGCAGAACUCGGUGCAGAGCGUGAGCCACACUGAGGCUGAGAUCCAGCAGUUGUUCAGCCUCCUGCAGGAUCUGGAGAGCGGCAUGAACACCAGCAAACGGAGGCAGGAGGAGGAACAGGAGCUGGUUGCUCAUUAUGAGAAGAAGCAGAAGCAGCUGAAGCAGCUGUGUGUGGAGGAGGGCCAGCUGAAGCGAGCUCAGGCCAUGAAGAUGGACAAGGAGUGCAAGUACAACAUUCGCAAGCAGAAGAAGAAGGAGAUGAAUGAGCAGCACAUUCAGGAAGUGUUGGGGCACUGCAACCAAAUCCACGAGAAGCGUGAGGAGAUGGUGGACAGAAUCCAGGAGAUCUGUGGAGAGACGCAGCAGCUGAAGGCCAAGAUGACGAGCCUGCGGGAGGUCUGCAGCAACGAGACGGAGAAGGCUCAGGUGCUGUAUGACACUCUGUCAACGUCAAUGGACGAGCUGCACAAGAGGAUUGAGCUGCGCCUCGCAGACCUGAAACAGAAUGUGAAGAACUCCUCACACUUGUAG